UGAUUAAAUAUUAAAAUAAUGACCACAGUUAAUGCUCCGAAAAUUAGCGAAUACAAAGAAGCUACUCGUAUCGAAAGAGUAGGUGCUUAAUCACAUAUCAGAGGUCUAGGUUUAGAUGGUGAUCUUGAACCAAGAAAUAUUUCACAAGGUAUGGUUGGAUAGGUAUUGAAUAAUUUAAAAUUAAAACAUAGAAAAAAGCUAGAAAAGCUGCAGGUAUCAUCCUUAACACUAUUCGUGCUGGUAAAAUAGCAGGAAGGAGUAUUUUGAUUGCAGGAUAACCAGGUACAGGUAAGACAGCUAUUGCUAUGGGUAUUGCAAAAGCAUUAGGAAAUGAUAUUCCUUUUACAGCUAUGGCAGGAUCAGAAAUUUUCAGUCUUUAAAUGUCAAAGACUGAAUCUCUAACUUAAGCAUUUAGAAGAUCAAUAGGUGUAAGAAUUAAAGAAGAAACAGAAAUUGUGGAGGGAGAAGUUGUAGAAAUUGAGAUUGAUAAAUCUGCAACUUCAGGAGCAAAAACUGGAAAAAUCACUUUGAAAACUACAGAAAUGGAAACAAUUUAUGAUUUAGGAGCUAAGAUGAUAGAAUCAAUUACAAAAGAAAAAAUUACAUCUGGAGAUGUAAUAACAAUUGAUAAAGUUUCUGGAAGAAUUAGUAAAUUAGGAAGAUCUUUUUCAAAAGCAUCUGAAUUUGAUGCUCUUGGCCCAUAAACAAGACAUGUAUAAUGUCCAGAGGGAGAAAUAGAAAAAAGAAAGGAAGUGGUUCAUACAGUUACUUUGCAUGAAAUAGAUGUCAUAAAUUCUAGAUAAAAAGGAUUUUUAGACUUAUUUUCAGGUGAUACAGGAGAAAUAGAUUCAGAAAUAAGAGAUUAAAUAGAUUCUAAGGUAGCUGAAUGGAAAGAGGAAGGUAAGGCUGACAUUGUUCCAGGUGUCUUAUUUAUAGAUGAAGUUCAUAUGUUAGAUAUAGAGUGUUUUUCAUUCCUUAAUAGAGCAUUAGAAUCUGAUAAAGCACCUAUUGUGAUUUUGGCAACAAAUAGAGGAAUAACAACUAUUCGUGGAACUACUUAUAAAGGGUAUUUAAUUUAAUUUUUAUAAUUAGACCUCAUGGUUUACCAAUAGAUUUAUUGGAUAGAUGUUUAAUUAUCUAAACUGAACCAUAUAAUGAAGCAGAAAUAAGAAGUAUUCUUGAAAUAAGGUAGAAUUUUUAUUUAAUUUAUUUUUAGAUGUGAAGAAGAAGAUGUUGAAAUGACUGAAGAAGCAAAAGAAGUAUUAACUAAAAUUGGAGUGGAUACAACUUUAAGAUAUGCUAUUUAAUUAAUUACAACUGCUAAUUUAGUUGCAUAGAAAAGAAAAUCAAAUGAAGUUGAUGUUGAAGAUAUAAGAAGGGUAAAAUUUAAAUUAAAAUUUAGGUUUAUUCUAUGUUCAUUGAUCAUGUAAGAUCCACGUAAUAUUUAAGAGAUCAUUAAGCAGAAUACAUGUUUGAUGAAUACUAAAAGUAAGCAUAAAAGAUGUAAGUUGAAUGAUAUAUAAAUAUUCAUAUAAGUAAUUACAAUUAUUU